ACGUCCCAAAUAAUACGCUGCCGUUAUUAUGGGAUCUAUAAAUUUGUCAAGUCCACCCGAAUUCCCAAACUCACUAGGGUUUUGCACUUAGUCGUUUUAAAUUUCAAGUUCAACGCCCCUCCAGAUUCAUGCGAGAUUUUUAGAAGAAAUUUUCUCGGCUCUUAAUCAGGUUGUCUCCAGAAUCUGCUUUAACGACAUCUAGAAAAGUUCAAUUUGAAACUCCCGAAAAACCAGACUUGGUGGUAAACUUUUUCAAGAGAAAUGGCUUCUCGGAAACCCAAAUCUCUGAAAUUAUGAGACAACGUCCAAGACUGCUUUUGUGCAAUCCUGAGAAAGCCCUUUCGCCAAAACUUGAGUUUUUUCACUCCGAAGGUGUUUCAAGUCCUGACCGUGCAAAAAUUUUAAGUCGAUUUCCUCCUAUCUUACAGAGGAGCUUAGAAAACCAAAUUAUCCCUUCCUUCCAUUACCUUUGUAACUUGCUUCAAUCUAGUGAAAAGGCUAUUACUGCUAUUAAAAGAUCUCCGUGCAUCCUUGGUGAUGAUCUUCAAAAUCGGGUUGAACCUAAAGUCAAUUAUUUGCGAGAUAUUGGUGUGCCUGAAUCGAAUAUUGUUAGGUUACUUUGUAAUUGGCCAAUCAUAUUUUUAAACUACCCCAGCUUUGAAAAGACUGUGGACUUGGUAAAGAAAAUGGGUAUAAAUCCUAUAAGGUCACAGUUUGUUAUUGCCAUUGUUACAAUGUUGGUAGUUGGCAAAUCUGAGUGGGAUAAGAAGAUUGAUGUUUACAAGAGGUGGGGUUGUUCUGAGGAAGAGGUUCUUACGUCAUUUCGAAAGCAUCCUUGGUGUAUGAUGAUAUCUGUGGAUAAGAUUAUAGCAUUGAUGGACAUUUUUGUAAACAAAAUGGGCUGGGAUCCAUCUGUCGUUGUCAAGCACUAUAAUCUUCUUACCCUUAGCUUGGAGAAGAGAUUAAUUCCGCGUGCUGCAGUUCUUCAAUAUCUGUCAUGCGAAGGUUUGCUUAAGAAUAAUCGUUAUAGCCCUGUUACAGCAUUUCGAGUUCCUGAAGAAGAAUUCUUGCAGAGGUUUGUGAAUUGUUAUGACGAAGCACCCCUGCUAAUGAAGCUGUACAGAGAAGCUGGAUCUUUCACAGAUGGCAAGUGAAAGGAAAGCAUCUUUUGUAAUACGUUUAUAUCAGAAUGGUACAAUUCUUCUGCUUUUAAUAUGUUACUCGAUCUUGAUAAAUUCUUUGUAUUGGGACUGGCUUCACAUUGAGCAUCUAGUUCAGAUUACUUACAGUUAAUGGAAAUUUUGGUUUUCUUCUUGUUAGAUGUUGUCUCUUGACUGUAUAAUAAGCUCAGCAAUGUGAUGUAUAAUCAUGUAUCGAACUGUAAUAUCUGGUUUUUGACUAAAGCAUAACCGUAGAGGAUGUAUCUGAUGAGUGUUACAGUGUUACUGUACUUGUCUCAUCAAAAUGAUUGCGCUUUUUUAGCAGCGGUAUGUCAGCUCAAAUCAACUCGGAGACAGAAGUUGUCACUUGCAUACUGUAAUAAUCUCGAACAGAAAAAAUUACUUUUCUCUA